AUGUUCUUUCGUCGCAUGUUUGCGCGCAAGGACAGCAGUGGCAGCGGUGAUAAUACCGCUUACGAUUUCAAUGAGGACGACGUCAACGCAAACGGCAACGAUACUGAGCGCGAUGAGGUGGGCGCUUUGGGAGGCGCCACAGCACGUGGCAAGCACCACAGCAGCGAUAACGGCAAUGGCACGCUCAGCAAUGGCAGCGGCGCCGGCACCUUCAGCAAUGGCAACAGCAGUAGCAGCGAUUACGAGUUGCAACGUCGUCGUAAUGAAAUGCGCAAUUAUGGUUCUGCUACGGCUCCCUCCAGCGCCACAGCUGGCAUCAAGCACUGCGGUUCGGCGAGCACAUUGCAUCGUGCAGCCACCUCGGGACCGGCUACGGUGCAGCUAACGCCACUGUGGGAGCACAUACUGCGUACGCGCACACUGCCUGACAAUGUUUAUCCCAUUAAAAUAUUCGGUGAAUUUCUCGAACGUCUGCGGGAUCCCGAGUGGCAGGUGCGUCAGCAUGCCUUGCGCGUUUUUGUCGAUGUUUUGGUGGUGAUGCGCGCCGAGGCGGACGCGUACAUGGAUCCGCUCAUACCGCCAUUGGUGGAGAAUUUGGGACAUCCGGCGCCUACCGUGCGGAAAGGCGCACUCGAUUGUCUGCGUGUUUAUCUCGCUGAAACGGAAAUGCCCCAGACGAUAUUGCUGCAGAUACUCGAUAUCGGGCUGAAUCAGAAGAUUACCAACGAACCGUUUGGGGGACGCUUAACAUGCGGUGUUAUGCUAUCCCUACCAGCGCUGGUUCAAUCGACGCUGCACACGAGCAAGCGGCAUUACAUUUUGCGCACGGCCGUGGAGAUGUUGGUGCAGAAGAUGGGGCAGGUGACACAUCAGGAGAUUACGUUAAAGGUGCUUUUGAAACUGCGUGAAUUGGUUGGCGAGGAUGAGUUUCGCGAGUACAUGACGAAGAGCGCGUACAGAGAGUUCGACUUGUUGUGCAAUGUGUACGACGUGGAGGCCAAAGCGCAUGCUAGCACGAACGGAUAUGGCAGGCAUCCGUAUGUAAAUAACGGUACGAACACUUGGCGUAUGUUAUCCAAGCAAUCGGUGCCUAGUUGCUGGCGUUCGUCAGAUGAGGAACAAAUGCUCGAAGAGGCAGCCAAGGGAAAAGUAAUUAUGGAGACGGAGAUUAAAAUCAACGAUGACACCGUAACGAUGCGUAUACUCGAGGCGAAAGAUGAGGAUUGCGAAACGGAAGCCGACACAGAUUCCACAAGUCCACGCAAAUCCGUCGACACAUACCCGAAUAGUUUGGAGGAUGAAGUGGUAUGUGGCCGUUUGCCCAGCGCUUCUCGCGACUCGCCGCAUGAGAUAAGUGCCGUUGUGCGUUUGCUUAGCGAUUCCGAGCUGGAAAUGGAGGAUGAUAGAAGUGACAGGGCGCGUCAGUCACGCCAGCGUGAACAACAGAAAUAUUACACCGUCAUAACGCCAUCGACGCCAUCACGCACGCCAAAACGUGUCACAUUCGGCGGUGAGGUGGUGAAGAUGCGCACACCGGACAGCGAUGCCACUACGUCGAAUAAUAGAAGCAACGGCAACAACAACGACUUUGCCGAGGCUGAGCACCAGCACACACUCUUCCCGGUGGCGGCAGGCAAUCAAAAUUCGAUUGACGCCGGCGGUGGCGGCAGUAGUGACAGCAGCGAAGCGGUACAACGCACUGUCACAACAACAACUACCACGACGGAAAUAAAAAUCAUCAGUACGCCAUCCACAUCCACCACAAGCAGUCCGGCGCCUGAGGAGUGCAGCAAGAUUAUGGCCUUAAGCGUCGAAAUAAUCAACGAUAACACCAAGCCGCUGCCGGUGGCCGCGACUACAGCGGUGGAUCACUCAACAGCAACGCGACCCAGAACAGCACAAUCGCCGAGACAACCACAAAUAUCAAUCAUAGCCACCGAAGACGCUGCCACAUCCACUGCAGACGAUGCGAGUCCUUUAACCUCUUCGAAUACAAUUCGUUCGGAUUCGCCACCCAAAAGACGCGAUUCCGCUGCCAGCGUCACUUUGUCACCGCAUUCAGCCUUUAGACGAGUCAUCAUUAGUCCAGUGGACAAUAUUAUUAGCCCCAAGACGGAACAUAAGCCCAUUGAGGUGAUGCAUAACUUGCAACGCGAUCCCUCGCCUGUACGUGCACGCAGCGCACGACGCGUCGAGUCGGCCAAGCAUUCAUCCCAAGCUGGUGUGAGUGAGAAAAAUGACGCCUCAUUGACGGCUCCAGUGACACAAGUGACACAUGCUCCACGUGCGCAAACACCCUCACCGCUGCCACCCAAAAGCUGGGAGGAGCUGGACAUUGUCGAUUAUGACACGUUAUUGGAUUUGCGUUCAGGGAAUUGUCACCAUCGCCUACAGGGUGUCGCUCAACUCGAGGAAGCCUUACGCAACACCGAUACACUGGCACAAGUUCAGCCUUGUCUUGAUAGUUUGCUCCGCACACUACUCUCCUCCGAACGAAAUCCAGAUGUGGCAGAAGCAAAGCAACAACUACUAAUCAAUCUCAUAACACGUUUGCCACUGGACAAUUUGGAGGAUCGCACAACACAAAUAAUGACCGGUCUAUGUCGCCAAGGCGGCGCUGGCGCAAAUCGAGUAUGCAAAGCAUUGAUGCAUCGACUGCCGACGGCGACAAUUGUACUCAAAUUAUUAUCGCAAGAAUUUUUACAUGCAAAGAGCUCAAGGUUCCGCGAACAUGCGCUUCAAGUGGUCAUGUACUCGCUGAUGACCUUUCCUAGCACUUGCUUUGACACGGCCACCUGUGUCACACAGGCCACGUAUGCCGCCUUGAAUCGCAAACGUCGCGUGCGUCAAGCCGCUUUAGAUGUGCUCGCUAUUUUGGGGCAGAUUACCACUACACGCGCCGUACUCGAUGUAGUGCAAGAUAUAGUCUCUGCACGAGAUGAUGGCCCAGCUCUGCUAGCCGCUGUACGCACGCGACUCGCCCGCAAACAAAUGCCGCUCGUCAGUGCUGAUGGACAGGUGCAAUAUGCGCUGCGCGUACCCUCGCCACAUACGGCGGAGGCCGCGGAUGCAGCUAGCGGGCAGAUGGGUGCUGAUAUUGGUUGGAUUGUGGCGGGUGUGGGUUCAGUGUCGCCGGGCACGUUAAAGCGGCGCACUUCUAGACGCAGCUUUCGUUGUUUGCCACCCCACAAUGCAUCGGAUGUCGAUAGUAUGGCUAUGGGAACGCCGUGUGGAAAUUUUCGAAAGGGUGAUGGGAACAGCAGUCGGAGGCAUGCUUUUCAGUCACCACCAGAUGUUUAUGACAACUUUAAGGAGUCCUCAGCAAGCAGUAAUAACGAUUUGCAUUCGCACAAUUUUCAACAUAUUAUUGGCAGCAAUGUGCCAUUGCACUAUGGGCAAACAACUAAGAAAUCAACGAACGCUGAUUAUGGCAACUAUAUGGCUGGACGUCGACUGGUUGCAAAAUCCUGCUCAGACUCCUCCAUGGAAGGCAGGAGCUCUGAUAGCACCUACACAAGCAGCAGCGGUGGUUGCGGCGGCGGCGGCGGGGGAGGCGGCUGUGGUAGCGGAGGCGGUGACGCUGACGAUAAGUCUAACUGCAAGGGUAGCGUUGGUGGCAGCACAGCGGCCAAUGACAGCUGCACGGGCAUUAGCGGCCGCUUCACACGUCAGACUGUAAAUUCACGUUUCCCAACGAUGGAUCGUAUGGAUAUGAAUACCACCUACAUGCGCGCUCACAAGCCAAACACCUACCACCACCACGCGGGCAUGGGCGCCUAUGCACAACUACAACAACAGCAAAUCAAUAUGAGUUCAACGUAUCCGAAAAUUAACUACGGCUUGGCCGCACAACAGCAGCAGCAGCAACAGCAACAACAACAGCAACAACAGCGUAGAAGAUCGCAGCAACAGCAACAGCAGCAGCAGCAUCAAAGGCAAACACAGCCGUCAUCGUUGGCGCAACCGGUUGUGGUUGGUACGCGCGCUAUGCAGACUGCGCGCGGCGUUGGUGUUGGUGGCGGUGACCCCUUUGCUCCAGAAAAUUUCCGUACUGCCGAAAAUUCUCCAAAGGAGCAUAGCAAUAAAAAUAGCAACAUUGGAAUACACAACAGUAACGCGAAUUUGGAUGGCACCAACACGAUUUACACAGGCAUAGAUAAUGGCGGUGCCACGCCCGCUGCACAGGCAACAACAAGAAGCAAUCAACAGCAACAGCAACAUGCACACCAACAACAAUAUUUGAAUGCCAUGUCCACAACAGCAGCAACAAAUGGACGUCGCUUUUUCAAUGUGGAAAAGUUAGCAAAGCAAAGCAACAAGAGUGUUUCUUCAGAUGUAGAAACGACAGUGACCGCAGCAACAGCAUUCACGGACUUGCAACCACAACAGGCAAACGAAUCCAAACAAGCAACACCUGUCUCAAUCAAAUCAGCAACGUAUUCACAGAAAUCAACCGCAUCCGCGCAGUCAUCUACACUCGACGAUAAGUCAGUGGGCACACCUAAGGAGAACCUCGACACCAUUACGGCCAGGAAUACGAUCACAAAUACGACAGAUACAACUGAUAACAGCUCAGCCAUACAAAUGGGCGCACUGCAAGAUACGUGCAGUGACAAUGAAGUUAGCAGCCCAUCACCAACAACAAAAUGGCGAAGCGACCCUAACGUCUUGCAGCUGGAGGAUGUGCAGGACACAACCACUGUGGAUGGCACAUUGAGUGCUGUUAAUACAUCGCUUAAGAAAAAUGGAAGCUUGGCUAGCUUGCAAAGCAAAAGUGAAAGUAUUAAAACACUGCUUGGUGAUACGCCACCUGUGCUUUCGCGCACACAGUCUGCGAAAUCCCUUUUGAUUGAAGAGGACAUAGAAGAUGAUAGUAGCUUUGUAGUGAUGGAUGAACAGCAUACUGAGCGACACGGAAGCGGCAUUAUUCGUGGAGAAGCGCGCGAAAGAAGCGUCAGCAAUUACGCAGAUACGCCGCAGGAGGCUGUUAAUAUGCACGCCGCUGACACAGUGGAUGAAUGUGCGUAUCAGGGUAAUAUCCGAUCAUCACGGCCGCAUACCCCAGUUAGCGUACAUCCACAAUCACGUUCGCGUUCACCCACAAUAGCGGAGAUUAAAAUGCUAUCGCGUCGCAAUUCAAUGAUCAAAUCAAUGGAAUCUCUGUACGAACGUCCGCCAUCGAAACCGGAAUUGAUGGUAUUCGACAACACAAGCACCGAAUCGGGUUCGGCGACAAGCUCGCAACUCAAUACAACCAUACCCAUCAAACCGCAGCAUACGCCACUCAAGCAAAAGGCAAAAACAUCGCAUUUUUUGAAGAAUCAUCGACGCAUUUCACCCGUGAAGCAAGCCAUCAAAAUGCCACAAGCUGAGCUUUAUCCACCGACAAUGCAGCGCUUCGAUAAGCCACGUGACGCUUUGUUGAAAACAUUCGAUCAGCUCGACUCAAGUAAUUGGGAAAUCAUAAUACUUGGACUUAAAUCCAUGGUGCGUCUUAUGCGCCAUCACGCCGAACAUUUGGAAGCACAGAUGCAUAUGGUAUGCAUACAGCUAACACGUUCCGUGCGCAACCUACGUUCGCAAGUGGCACGCGCCGCAUGUCAAGCCGCCACAGAACUCUUUUCGCUCAAAUCCAAGUGCCUCGAGCAGGAAUGCGAUGAUUUGGUGUGUGCACUGCUGCAUCGUACCGCCGAUACAAAUCGUUUCAUACGCGCCGAUGCGACACGUGCCCUAGAAUCAAUGUGCGACAAUUUAACGCCACCCAAAAUACUCAACAUACUCACCACUAAAGGCGCCCUCCAUCAGAACGCAUUGGUGCGCACGACUGCGGCAAAACUUUUGCAUCGCCUUGUGGAACGUCUCGGCAGUGAUAAGGUCUACACGAUGACGCGCGAAAAUCGUGAUAAAUUCUUUGUCACGAGCGCCAAUUUGCUCCUGGAAGGUAGUCUGGAAACACGCAGCUACGCCAAGUCAAUAUUUCGGCUACUCUCCGACCAUCCCAACUACAAUCGUUUACUCAUAGAAGUGAUACCAACGCGUACAUACCGAAAUGUGGAGAAGACACUAAAGAGUAUACGUUAAAAUGUGGCUGACUAUGAGUGAAUUCUAAAAUUAAUUUUGUAGUAAAUAUAUACACCAUUUUGUACAUACAAGUGAAUUUAAUUUAUUUCCUGUCAAAAUUUCGAAGAACUUAUCACUGUCCCGUUAGAUUAGUUUUGGUUGAAUGACAAUUGUAAUUACACAUAUUUUAUGUAUGUAGUCUCUAAGUUCUCUAGAAUGUAAGUAAUGUACGCGAAUCGAGUAUCUUAAGUAACAUCGCGAUUUAAAAUAAAUAUUAAAUGCAUAAGAUAAUCGUUUUAACGGAUGCAUACAAAUAUUCAUAUAUUAAUAAAGCUCAAUUGUUAAAAAUA